AUGCUGCUUGGGGUAUACCUUUUGCUCUUAUCACCGGCGCUCGUCUCCGCCGGUCUGGAGGAGUACGACGAACCGUUUAUCCUUCAGUUUAUCAACCGGUCACAAACCCUGGACCUCAGUCCGAAAUGCAGACAGAGUCUCGCCUUGGUAAGUCACAGUUCAGACGGAGAACGGAGAUGAGAAUAACAUGAAUUCAGGUGUAUGACUACCUGAAUGACAUCGAAACUCUGACCGACCAGAAGAUCUGCUACUUCGAAUCGUUCGCCACUGGGCCCAAUGAUUUGUUCUUGUCCAGAGACCAGGAUCGGUGGGUCUAUAAAGGUUUGUACAACUGUGACCUCAUCAAAUCGAACACAAAAUCUUUCAGGCUACGAAUGUCUGCUAUCCGCUGGAGAAACAGUAUAUUCGAAAUCUGAGCACCCGAUGCACUACUGUUACACCCACGACGACGACAAAGACAAAAGAGUUCCGGCCUUCUCCGUCUGCAUUCCUUCUCCGUGUGCCGACGAAAACCAGAAGUUGCUUGAGGAAUGGCGUCGGAUGACACAUCCAGAGGCCACCGAGCCCAUCACUUUCACAGCCUGCACGCGUUCUCGCCACGCGAAACAGUGGUUCGAACUUCCCGUUCCGAUCGCCGACUUCGGAUUCAACAUGUGUCUCCUCAUGCUCGUCAUAAUGGCGACGAUCUUCCACAACAUGCGCGGAGACGACGCAAAGUCCUUGUCUGCCAAGUUCCUCCUCGCUUUCUCUGCCAAAACGAACUUCAAGAAACUGAUUGCUCUUCCAAAGGACCCGCAGAGCUGCAUCACUUGCUUGCUGGGACUCCGUUUUGGUUCAAUGGUCUGGACCCUCGUGGGUCAUUCAUUCAUCUUCGUGCAAGCCUACAUGGAGAACGUAGAGGAGUUCAAGGUCUCCAUGGUCGACAACUUCUUCAACCAAUGGAUCACCAAUUUCACUCUCUCCGUCGAUGUUUUCCUCACUCUAGGAGGCACCGUUCUCUCUUUCAGUUGGUUCCGAAAAUGGGAGAAGAACACUUCAGGUACUCCUGAAGUAGCAAGAAUGUUAAAAGUUGAACCGUUGGUUUCAGAAGAAGAACCAACGUGGUCUUCGUGGGGAUACUGGCUCCGGUUCUACCGUCACCGCGUCGUCCGUCUCUAUCCUGCCUAUCUGUACACUCUUCUGGCGAUCACUCUCCGUAUUUCGGUCACCCACUUUCAUCCAAUGUGGCCCCCAACUGAUCCGGCCAUCCAAUGCCCCAAGUACUGGUGGCAGAAUGUGAUAUUCGUGAACAGUAUCCUCGACAAUCAGUGCAUGCCGUGGACAUGGUACAUUGGAACCGAGUUCAUCUACUACCUUCUCUCUCCGAUUUUCCUUCUCACGCUCAGGAAGGCACCAAAGCUCGGAUUUGUAAGUGUUCCCUUGAAAACCAGUUAAUAACCUACUUCUUCUUCAGAUACUUUGCUUCGCCGUCAUUAUGGUCUCGGCUGGCCUCAAUGUUGAGUCAAUUAUCCGCAACAACUUCCCGCCGACGCAAUUCCUCUGGAAACAGCCGGAGAUGUUCAAUCCCAACUUCAUCCAACACCAUCUCGAGCUCUACAUCAAGCCGCAGUACAGAAUUGGCCCAUAUCUGAUCGGAAUCCUUCUCGGAUACCAGUUGGCCAGAUAUCAAAGAAUUGCAGUCAAACCACAGCCGACCAGCAAAUACGCCGGUGAGUUCCUUCUUCCUCUCUCUCCUCUAACUGCAACGACUCCUCUAACACAACUCCUUUCUUUUUCAGUUACCAUGUGGUCUAUUGCUCUCGGCUGCAUUUUUUUCGGCCUCUACGGUCUUUAUCCGGCCCUUCAAGGCUGGGACUCGAUUGCCUGGAGAGCAUAUCACUUGCUCUACGGAGCCUUCCAUCGUGACGUCUUCUCCAUCGGCGUCGCCUUCCUCAUCUACAUCUGCCACACCGGACUCGGAGGAUUCAUCAACGUCUUCCUCUCUUCCAACUUCUUCCUUCCACUGGCCAACUUGAGUUUCUCGGUCAGUUUGUUUUCCUUUCUAACUCUUUCCAUUGAUCACUAUUUUUGAUAACAGUGUGUUUGAAAGACAUCACUUCCUUGUGCACUCCACUUCCUUCUUUCCCCAAAUAACUCCCUUCCAGGCCUAUCUCUUCCACAUGAUCCCUGUCGUGCUCACCUACAUGCUCGUGCCGUUCCCCAUCUACUUCAACACGCAGAUUCCCCUCUUCAUCCACUGCUUUGUCCAACUUCUCAUCACUUACGUCUUCGCCAUCAUCUGCAGUAUGGUCAGUGAAUUGCCGGCUCUCAACAUCGAACGGCUUCUGCUGGCGUCUCCGCCCAAAACGACACUGAAACCGAUUCCGGCGACGGACUCGGAACUGCAACUGAAAAGUUCCGAAAAGGCAUGA